CCGUCUGCGUUGCUUUUUUGUCGCCCCCCCAUUCACCCAUGAACUCACGGGUUUAAGGUCUCUCUUUUCUUGUAAGUUAUCGUACUCCUUGCUCGUUUUUACGGCUAUCUUGUUAAAACACCUUUGGGGGGUUCUCCUUUUCUGCCCAUUAAACGUCCUCAUCAUUCCAUUCUUGCUUUGACUUGUUGUAAUCUGUUUUUCUGGGAUUUCGUCAUUUUUCCUUUUUCUAUUUUUCCCUUUUGGCCUCUUCCUUUUUUUUUCUCUCUCUUUCUCUCACUUUUUUUUUUUUUUGGGUGAUUUUCUCAUUCGGCUGUUACUAAAAAGACAUUUAUUAGUCUUUCAUCAUCUUGCUCGUAAUUUGCUAUCGGUUGUCUUCAGGAUCCCGCCCAUCAGCUUCUUUCAUCUAGUCCCAAUUUCAUCCCUCUGCCAAUCUCAACACAAAUGACCGCUGUAAGCUCUGUUGCUGACGUUGAUGCCUGGAUCACACAACUUUCGGAAUGCAAACAGUUACCAGAAAGUGACAUCAAGAAACUGUGUGAUAAGGCACGUGAAAUAUUGUUGGUAGAAUCCAACGUACAGCCCGUCCGUUGUCCCGUUACUGUGUGUGGUGAUAUCCAUGGUCAAUUUCACGAUUUGCAAGAACUUUUCCGUAUUGGUGGCAAUUCCCCUGAUACGAAUUAUCUGUUCAUGGGUGAUUACGUCGAUCGUGGUUACUACUCGGUGGAAACCGUGACGCUGCUCGUCGCAUUGAAGGUUCGCUACAAGGAUCGUGUGACCAUUCUCCGCGGCAAUCACGAAUCUCGUCAAAUCACUCAAGUAUACGGUUUCUACGAUGAAUGUCUGCGAAAAUAUGGCAACGCCAACGUCUGGAAAAUGUUUACCGACUUAUUCGAUUACCUUCCCUUGACCGCUCUUAUCGAAGACCAGAUCUUCUGUCUCCAUGGCGGUUUAUCACCCUCUAUCGACACAUUGGACCAGAUUCGUUCAUUGGAUCGUAUCCAGGAAGUGCCACACGAAGGUCCCAUGUGCGACCUUUUAUGGUCAGAUCCUGAUGAUCGAUGUGGCUGGGGCAUUUCUCCCCGUGGUGCAGGUUAUACAUUUGGUCAAGAUAUCUCAGAGACUUUCAACCAUAAUAACGGCUUGACACUUGUCGCAAGAGCACAUCAAUUGGUCAUGGAGGGAUAUAAUUGGUGCCACGAUCGUAACGUAGUGACCAUUUUCAGUGCCCCCAACUAUUGUUACCGUUGCGGCAAUCAAGCAGCUAUCAUGGAGAUCGAUGAACAUCUGAAAUAUACAUUCCUUCAAUUUGACCCUGCACCCAGACGCGGUGAACCUCAUGUUACCCGACGUACGCCAGACUACUUCCUAUAAAAAAAGUCUACGAAUUUCCAUAUGUUUCUGGCCCAAAGAAAUACGAUAAUGUCUGUAAAAGAAAAAACACAAACAAAAAUUCCGGGAUACGGUUUCCAACUCAAACGACUGUAUCCUUUCUCUUCUUUUUUUUUCUUAUAUCGCUUUGCCAAUGUAUACUUUAUCUCUCUUUUUUCUUCCUUUCAUAGUUGAUGAGUUUUUGAUCCCCCUUUUGGAUGUUCUUUCUUUUUCCUGUUUGCCAUGUGGUAUCAGUCCUAUCUGAAACAAGCGAUUAUGUUAAAAAAAAACUAUCUCCUUCGUUUUCACUCUGUUGUCUCUGUCUCUCUCUCUCUCUCUCUUUUCCUUUUGACCCUGCAAAACCAACCAAAAGAAAGGCUGUACCCAUUAGAUGAACGUAUAAAAAAUAAUAAUCAAGAAAUGAGUGUUGCUAGCUUGCACAUUAUUUGGGAUUUCAGCGGCCCAGUUGAACGCUCGAGACACCAAGAUGG